CUUUUUAUUAUUUAUUUUAAUUUUUUUGGAAUAAUUGCCCCCACCACGUUACGAUAAUCCACACAAAUACAUUCAGUCAGCAAUCAGCGCCACUCCUACACUAAUUACUCAUCGCCUAAAAAGCACAAGCAAACCCCCACUCCUCUCUCUCUCACAUCACUUUCUCUCUCUACAUUUCUCUUUCUCUCUCUUUUUUCUCCUCUUCUUUAGCCACAAUUCGCGGGAAGAGCUCCGAAUCCCAGUAGUCCACUGCAUUACUCUUUCUUUCUUUAUUUCUCAGUAACAGACUGUCCAAUGGAGAGAAGGCAGCAACAACUAGAUUUAAACGCACCGCUCUUGUCGGCAAGACGAUAUUCAUCGCCCUCGUGCUCUGCCGAGCUAGUCAAAUGGAAGGUUCUAGAGAAGCCGCCACCGCCUGCAAGACAACAAUCUCUUCCAUCGAAAACUUCCGAUUGGGAAUACGAGGAUGUCUGCAAACCAGCUGCCGUCCCUUUUCACUGGGAACAAAUCCCGGGCAGACCCAAAAACGAAGCCGAAAGCCAACCGCAAACUCCGCAAGAACCUUCCAUUACGCCUAGGCUGCCACCUCGUUUAUCGGGCCCCACCAGGUUCGCCUCUGGUGAACGAUCCAACGAUCAGGGCAACAUCUACCGGGCCCAAGUGGAAGCGUUUUCGUUCGCCGAUCAUGCCACUCUUAUCGAGAAACUAAACGACAGUUUGAAAUGCAAAGACGAAUCUGAAUCCGAGAGCCAAGAGGAACAAGAUGAAGAUGCCGCAUAUUCGGAUGCACUCGACACACUUUCGGUGACGGGAUCUUGGUCUUGGAAUUACAGCGUCAGUGGAAUCAGCGGCUGUAAUAGCAUUUCCGGGCCGAAACCUUCCGGAAACUUCUGCAUUGAUACGAAUACGAGGGAUUUCAUGAUGAAUAGGUUCUUGCCAGCUGCUAAGGCAGCUGUUUUGGAGACACCGAAGAAGCAGCAGAAAGUGCUUGUCGAGCAGCCGAAGAAGCCGUUGUUUAGAAAGGCGGUUUCUGGUGAAAUAAAGCCUUCGCCAAAGCAAUAUUACAACGAGUAUGUAGAUUACGUGGAGAGCGACGACGAAAUUCCGAAUUUUAAGAGUAAUACUCCCGUUAAAAAAACGGGGAAAGCUUGGGGAAUUAUCCCCCGUUUUUGCGUCAAGAAUUCUAUGUGCCUACUGAAUCCACUCCCAGGUAUGAAAUCGAAAUCCCGUGCACCAACACCUCCGAAGACUCUUGAAGUCAAAAGAUUGACUAGAAAUGCACAUAGUGGACCCCUCGACAAGAAUGCUUGCCAUGUACCUCAACAGAGGAGAUUUCACUCGGGAUUGUUGUCGCGCGAUCUGCCGAGAAUGGAGAAUAAGAUGAGUAACGAUUUGAAUAAUAAAUCGGGGGCGUCUCAAUUGAGAAGCAUAUCUCCUUACAGAAAUGAGUCUCCGAAAUCUCCGUUUAGAGAAGGGGUUGGAUUUCUCGGUGUACCUAAAGGAGUGGAGGAUUUCAAUGCCAAUAAAAUCGCUUCGUCUCGUAAAUUGUUCAAGGCAUUGCAUGAUGUGUCUAGGAAUCAGACGAGCGAGAAAACGGGGGAAGUAGUGGAGAAGAAGGUGUACGUAGAAUCUGUAAAUAGAAAAGAUCAAGAAACCCCUGCAUUGGACGAAGGGAAGAAACGAAAUCCGAAUGUCGAGUUGAAUCGAAGCGUUGAAAAAGAAGAAGAGGAGAAAUUGGAGUUAGAUCCUCUUCUGAAGCCAUCUUCGCCGUUGGCCCCACCGUUACCGAAAUCGCCUUCGGAAUCUUGGCUCUGGCGAACGCUGCCUUCGAUUUCGUUGGGGAAUCCGUUUGCUCAUUCGAGAAGAAACUUUCAUCUUCAGUCGAAGAAGCAGGGCCAGAAAUUAGCUGAUGCGAAAUGGGAGACGAUUGUUAAAACUACUAACAUAAGGCACGAUCAUGUUCGUUAUUCGCAGGAGCUUGUACCGCACGUAACCCACCGACAAAGCAAAUCGUAGUUAACGAUAACUGAUGAUCUAUUCUUUUGCAAGAAAAUACAGCUUCACUAAUUUUACGGGGUUUUUUUGGUUUUCGAUUCCGGAGGAAAUAUGAUACAAAUUGAUGAUAUUUUGAACAUCAAAGAUACAGUUUUUAUUUUGUUUUUGGUGUUGUAAUUAGAGUGAACUCUGGCAUUUUUUUGGAGUUUUAAAGAUAUGUAUGAAUGAUUACAGAAGAUGCAUAUGAAUGGAAGUUGCUUGAAUGAAUUGUUCGUUCUUGAUGCUUAGGUGGUGUUUGCAAAAGCUUAUUUAAAAACAAAAGUUAGUGAUUGUGAGUUAA